UUUUGUGCUGGAAUAUGUCGAUCUUUAAUGUUUUUUGCUUGAAAACGAUCGUGGAGAAAACACAAGUGAGCUCGUGUUUGAGGAAGCAGCUCAGCGGCGGGGAGGGUUGUUUCUCCACGGUUCUCACAUGUGUUAUAAGUGCCGCCUCCUUCACCCAUUGUGGAUACGUUCAGUUGAACACAGAGCAAAGCAGACAUGGCAGAGGAAGCUCCAGCAGCAGCACCGGCGAAAGCCCCGGCCAAAUCCCCCAAGAAGAAGAAGGCGGCGGCCCGGCCCAAGAAGGAUGGACCCAGCAUCUCCAAGCUCAUCGUGGCAGCUGUGGCCGAGUCCAAGGAGCGCAAGGGUAUGUCCCUGUCGGCGCUCAAAAAGGUCCUGGCCGCCAAAGGUGUGGAUGUGACCAAGGCUAACAAGCGCAUCAACACCGCCGUCACCAAGCUGGUCACCGCAGGGACCCUGAGCCAGACCAAAGGCACCGGAGCGUCCGGAUCCUUCAAGCUGGCGAAGGAGCCCAAAGCCGCCAAACCAGCCAAGAAGGUGGUGGCGAAGAAGGCUCCCACCAAGGUUAAGAAACCCGCCGCCAAGAAGGCUGUAGCCAAGAAACCCGCAGCCAAGAAACCCGCCGCCAAGAAGUCUCCGAAGAAAGCCCCGGCUAAGAAGGCAGCGACCAAGAAGGUGGCCAAGAAGAGCCCCAAGAAGCCCGCCGCUAAGAAGCCAAAGGCCGCCAAGAAGCCCGCGGUCAAGAAAACCGCCGCCAAGAAACCCGCAGCCAGGAAGACCAAGAAGUAGAUCCAGCACUUCAUCCAGCGGUUACCGCACCAAAGGCUCUUUUAAGAGCCACCACUCCACUCAGAGCUUUCCUCCACACUUCUCAUGAGUAAAUAUGAAAAUAUUUGAUAUGUUUAUUAAAAAGGGAUGAUAGCAUUUUUUUUUACAACACCCAGAGUUAGGAAAUAAUAGCUCUAAUAAAUAAGAGCAAAUUCAAAAUCACUUGAUAAUUAAAAAAACAUGGAAAUUGGGAAGAUUGUUUUUCUCCGUGUAAUCUGUCAUAAAAUAGCAGGGUUUGAUUACAGCUUUGAUUUUUCCUUUCCUCAACGUCACAGUCAAAUUCGUCCCGCUCUUUUCCAUUUUAAAUCUGACCAAUGGAUUAAAUCAAAGCAAGCCCCGCCCCCUUCAAUCUUGACCAAUCAGAGUUUGCAUCAAUCUGACGGCAUCUUAAAGAGCCCGCUAUUCCUAUUUAUUUAUUUCCUAACCAAUUUUUUGGUUUCUAAAUUACUUAAAAUGUCAACUCUGCAAAUUUUUAAAGCUUUUUUAAAAACUUACUAAUUGUAUGUCUUUUUGUUUGUUUAUACCACUGGCACUUUUGUUUUUUUUUUAUUUAUUUCUAUUUUAUACUGUUUGUAUAAAAGAUGUAAAAUAUAUAAAAGAUGUACAAUGUAAAAUAAUGGCUCUUGCAGUUUUCUUCUUCUUCUUUUUUUUUUUUUACUGAAAUUGAUGCUUACGAUAAAUAUUAAGGAAAAAAUGGGUUUCUAGACUUCAGUUUUUCCAAUUUCUUCAGAGUUUUGGACUAAAUUUGCUUGUUAGUUUUUUUUUAUCAUGAAAAUGAUAGCCCUCUAGCAGCUAGCAUUAGAUUUUAUUCCAUUAAAAAAGCACACCAUACUUUAAACCACAUGUCAAGGUCAAGGCAUGGGGCCGGAUCCGGCCCUCUGGGUAAUUAUAUCCGGCCCUCCAG